AGAGGAGCCAUUAAGAAAAUAUUAAUUAAUAAAAGAAUACGGAUAAAUUAUUGAUUAAAAAAAAUGUCUACAAUAGUUGCGGAGCUUUCCGGGCACACAUCUUCAAAUUGUUCUGCCUUUCAGGAUUCUCGAAUGAAAACUCAGUUUUAAUGCGCAUAUAAUUAGUUAAUGGUAAUGAUUUCGCUUUACUACGUAUAAGCAAUCAAGUAUAGCACGUGUCAUUUUGCCCUCAGUAUGUGGGAUGAGUCAUCUUCAAGCGAUAUCUCCAUUCCUUCGGAUGAGAGCAGUGUUCCGAUUAUCAUAUCAAAUAGAAAGUUUUGGGUUCCAUAUAAUUCUCUAUUCGAUAACAGUAAUUAUUUUGCCAGGGCUUUAAGACUGUGGCGAUAUGAGAGGCCUCUAGUGGUUAGCGCAGACAUUUGUUCAAGUCACGUGUUCGAGCAUAUCGAAGAAUAUCUGAGGACAGGAAUUUAUGUCUACCAAAAAGAAAAUUGUUUUGACAUUCUGCUGGCGGCUGAAAAUUUGGAGAUGGUCAAUUUAACUGACUUGGUAUUGAGGCACAUAUCAUUAAACUAUUAUUCAAUACGCGAUAGUGUCGCUUUCCUUAGCGCCCUUCCUAGAGCCAUCCUCAAAUUUCUAAGUUAUGACGGUUUAAUGGUAGAUUCUGAGUUGGAUAUUUUUUACGGUGCAGUAUGA